AUGAGCGAAGAGGUUAUUGACCAGCAGAAGGUGACGGAGUUGGUUGCUUCGAUUCGGGAUCAAUUCGUACUGCCUUAUAGGGAUGCUGCUGCUUUGAAAGAGAUUAAAUCUUCCACGAGCUUUAAGGACUCGGAUCCACUGACAGAGAUCGGUAAGUUAUCUCAGAUAAUCAAGGCUCAUUCUACCAAGAUCGGUAUCAUUUGCCAACCUUCCAAGUUCUUCGGCAACUAUCCGGCAGUUUUUAAAGAGUUCCAGAGCUUUGCCAAUGCGCUUUUCUAUCUGCUAAGUGUGCUGCCUUUGAUUCACGAUGGAGACAUGUGGGCUAUGUACUUGGUCCAGAAGCUGGAUUCUACAGUUAUCAAUCUACUGAAUGGUGUGUCACAGCUGUGCGAUGGGAUCGACAAAAUGAUUAAUGAGGGCAAAGGCGAUGACGAAGAUAGGCUUGCGUGCAUCGGAAUCCUGUGGACCGCUUGCGAAUCACUUGAAGAGAUCGCAAAGAAGGGCAAUUUUCAAUUGCUGGCUGAUAAUAUUCGCAACAGUUGUGGUUUAGUCGACGACGUCCUCCAGGACGUCGACUCGUGGUUGCAAGAUCCACAUUUCGGCGCUGACUUACUGAUAGAUGACGACUUCAGUGACAAUGAAGAUAGGGAAUCAGAUAAAGAGGGCUCUGAUGAUGAGGUAGCAUUGGAAAAGAUGGCAGAAUUCUUGAAGCUUUGGCAGACCAGGCUGAAGAUGAUCAAACUACUUUUAUCGUCAUUCGCCAAGUCAAUGGCCACCAAUGUCUACAAUGCAAAAAAUACAAAAGCUUCUAUCCUAGACAAGUUGAACGCGCUGCAGUCGUUGAUCGUCGAGCAGUUAGACGAGCUUUUCUCUGAUAUAUUCCUUUCUGACGCUUCGUUCUCGGAGGAUGAUUUCGCCAGCAGCGUGAGUUCAUUGAAUGAUAGUUUGCGUCAUAUGGUCAAGGUAAUCACAAAGCUAAACACUUCCGAUGCGAAGAAGUUGAAAUGGAUACAAGUUUGGGAAACGAAAUAUUUCCCGAAUUAA